GCCCUGCGUUCUCCUCUCGCUCGCCGUUAGGGAGGCUCUGCGCCUCAGCCGCUGCCUCCGUUGCCGCUCCCGCCCCUCCUUUCGCGUCUCCGCCGCUGCCACCGCCGGGGAAAUCCGGGGGUCGCUACCGGGCUGGCCCCGUGCCAUUGCCGUUGCUUCAGCUUUCCUCCAGCGGCCACCUCAGGAAGAGGCUUGACGGUCGCGGAGUCACUUGGGGCCUCAGUUCUCGCUCUCUUGCUGUCGCUGCAGGUCCUGGAGAAGCGGCCGCGGCCGGGAAACGGGGCUUCGCGGUUCCAACGAUUAACUGCUGAAGUACUGAUCGAGUUCUGCGUUUCUUCAAUGAGGAACUACAGGCUGAUCUUCUGCCAUAAUCUUAAACAACCAUAAAUGACAAAAGAAUGCUUGCUCAGUGAGGGUAGCUGGUGCAGAAGCAAUUUUUUAAACUUAGGUGUUUAAGUACUCAAAGAAAAGACAGCUUUGAUUUCUGGCUGCAAAAAAGAUAUGAGGAAGAGCUCCUCCCCUUCCUUGAGUAACUGCAACUCCGUUCUUGCUAACAAAAUAUUUGGAAUUCCACUUGAUGAGCUGCAGCAGGGAGGACAUCCAGACAAUGAGGUUCCGUUCAUAGUCCGCCACGUUGUGGACUAUAUUGAGGAACAUGGCGGUCUGGAGCAACAAGGACUUUUUCAAGUCAAUGGAAAUGCUGAGACAGUGGAGUGGCUUCGGCAGAGAUACGACAGUGGAGAAGAGGUGGAUUUGGUUAAGGAAGCAGAUGUUCCCUCAGCUAUUAGUCUUCUUAGGUUUUUCCUUCAAGAACUUCCUGAACCUGUUAUUCCUGGCAGUUUGCAUAUUCACCUUAUGCAACUUUCUCAAGAUUAUAAUAAUGAAGAUGAAUUUGGAAGAAAGUUGAGAUUCCUCUUGCAACAGCUUCCACCUGUUAAUUACAGUUUGUUAAAGUUUCUGUGUAGAUUUUUAGCCAAUGUAGCAUCACAUCAUGAAGAAAUUUGGUCUGCAAAUUCUUUGGCUGCUGUCUUUGGUCCAGAUGUCUUCCACAUUUACACAGAUGUGGAAGAUAUGAAAGAGCAAGAAAUUGUGAGCAGGAUAAUGGCGGGACUUCUGGAAAAUUACUAUGAAUUUUUUGAAAAUGAAGAGGAAGAUUUUUCAUCAAAUGAUUUGAGCUCAAUUACAGAACAGGUUAAUGAACUUUCUGAGGAAGAAGAGGAAGAUGAAAAGCUGGAACAUAUAGAAGAACUUCCAGAAGAGGGUACAGAAAAAUCAAAUGACGUGCCAGAGGUGGUACAAUUAAGAAUAACUGAAAACAUCCUGGAAUCAAGUAAUGUUACAGCAUCAACAAGUGCCCAUAUAUCUCCCACCAGCAUCUUACCAGCCUCUGCAGAUGUUUUAGAAAGAACAAUUAGAGCAGCUGUGGAACAGCACCUUUUUGAUCUGCAGAGCAGCAUAGAUMAUGAUCUUAAGAAUUUACAGCAGCAAAGUCUGAUAUGUAAUAAUGAAGCAGGAAGUAUUAAUUGUGUUGAGGAAAGACCUAAUAACCAGAUUGAGAUUGCCGAUGAUAUUAUUCAUGCCAGUAGUAGUAACAGAGACUGUUCAGAACCUGUGGCUGGCACUAAUUUAGACAAUGAAGUUAUGCAGCAAGAUUUUAUAUUUGAGGAUGAAGAAAAUAACCAGUCUGUAGGUAUACUAUUAGAACCAUGCAGUGACCAUGGUGAUAGUGAGGAAGGCCAUCUUGAGAGGAAAGAAUAUUUGUUAUUUGACAGUGAUAMAUUGUCACACUUGAUUCUGGAUUGUAGUAGCAAGAUAUGUGAUUUAAAUGCCAACACUGAAUCAGAAGUGCCAGGAGGUCAAAGUAUUGGUGUUCAAGGGGAAGCAACAAGUGUUCAAAUUCCACAUUUAGAUCUGAAGAAUGUUUCUGAUGGUGACAAAUGGGAAGCGUCAUGCCCUAUCACUUUUCCCCUCAUUGAUUUCAAAACAAUGCAUCUGCAGAGAGAUGGGGAGGAACCAUUUCCUGCUUUUAAGUCUUGGCAGGAGGAUUCUGAGUCUGGAGAAGCUCAGCUGUCUCCACAAGCUGGAAGAAUGAAUCACCAUCCCAUGGAAGAGGAUGGUCCUCCAGUAUUAUCACACCGCAGUUUAGAUUUUGGACAAAGCCAGCGUUUCCUACAUGAUCCAGAAAUGCUGGAUUCCUCAUCUAAAGCACUUUCUUUUACUAGGAUUAGAAGAUCAUCCUUUAGUUCAAAGGAUGAAAAAAGAGAAGACAGAACACCUUACCAGUUGGUUAAGAAACUUCAGAAAAAAAUCAGACAAUUUGAGGAGCAGUUUGAAAGAGACAGAAAUAGCAAGCCUUCCUACAGUGAUAUUGCAGCCAAUCCAAAGGUAUUAAAAUGGAUGACAGAGCUUACCAAACUGCGGAAGCAAAUUAAAGAUGCAAAACACAAAAGCUGUGAUGGAGAAUUUGUACCUCAGACACGCCCACGUAGUAACACUCUUCCAAAAAGUUUUGGCUCUUCUUUAGACCAUGAAGAUGAAGAGAAUGAUGAUGAAUCCAGAGUUAUUCAGAAGGAGAAGAAGUCAUCUAAGGAAGCAACCCUUGAACUUAUUCUGAAGAGACUGAAAGAAAAACGUGUUGAGAGGUGUCUUCCAGAAGAUAUCAAGAAAAUGACAAAAGAUCAUUUGAUAGAAGAAAAAACUUCUCUCCAGAAAAGUCUUCUUUACUAUGAAAGUCAACAUGGAAGGCCGGUGACCAGGGAAGAAAGGCAUAUUGUUAAACCUCUCUAUGAUAGAUACCGGCUUGUUAAACAGAUGCUGACAAGAGCCAGCAUCACUCCCAUUCUUGGAUCUCCCUCCACCAAGCGAAGGAGUCAGAUGUUACAGCCAAUCAUAGAAGGAGAAACUGCACAUUUUUUUGAAGAAAUCAAGGAAGAAGAAGAAGAUGGCGUUAGUCUAUCCUCUGAGUUAAGUGAUAUCUUGAAAACAGCUGUACAUGCACAGACUUCAUUGGAAAAUUCAGAAUCUGAUGUUGAAGAAAAUCAAGAAAAACUGGCUCUGGAUCUCCGUUUGUCAAGUACUCGUGCAGCUUCUAUGCCUGAAUUACUGGAACAACUUUGGAAAGCCAGAGCUGAAAAAAAGAAACUCCGUAAAACAUUACGGGAAUUUGAAGAGGCAUUUUAUCAAAAAAAUGGAAGGAAUGCCCAGAAGGAGGAUCGUGUUCCAGUGCUUGAGGAAUAUAGGGAAUACAAGAAAAUCAAAGCAAAACUUAGGCUUCUUGAAGUUCUUAUCAGCAAACAAGAUUCUUCAAAAUCCAUAUAAAAUAUGCUCCUUGAAAAUUCACAUCAUAAAGUCACUUGUAUUCCUUGAAGCUGUCAUCAUGUAUACUUGGCUGGUACUUGAGUUCAUUUUGUCAGGCACUCAGAGAAUCUCAUUUUGUACUUGAUUGUGAUGCCACUAAACAAAUAAUGCAAGGGUAAGUAGGCCCUCUCUAGGGAGUAUGAUAUUCCAUACUAACCACAGACUGUCCUCUCCACCUUUUGCAAACACGCAGCUUCUUUCAUUGUUUUGUACUACAGAUACAUCCUGUUAGCAAAAGACUAGAAUUUUAUCCUUUCAACUUCAAGAACUUUGGAAAUACAGAGUGUUUUGUUAUUACUAAUUUUUUUUUUCAUUACUGAAGAAAAUUGAGAGGAAAAUCUUCACACUGAAUUCUUCGGUUGCCUUUUUCUCACAGAAUGACUGAAAAUUUGAAAGAAAAGCCUAUACAAGUGCACAUAUGCAACUGUGUUGUUCUCCUAGAAAACCAAAAUCARACUGAAAUUUUAAGUCCUACAGUGGAACACGUUUCUGUUUAAUUCCCAAAGUGACACCUCACAGGUAGUAUGUUAGAAAAUUUUAUAAUUCAGUGGUCACACAGCUCUUGGAUGAAGAUAACAGUGGGUAGACCAAAAAGUGACCUUGCUUAGAGAACACAUACCACACAUCACAUGCUGCCUAUCGGACUUAAGUUACUGUUGGUUCCUAAAUUAGUGUUUAUCAGCUGGUGAUGAUGUGAUUUGUUUGAAUGGGAUUCUGUACUCUUACCCUCCCCACCCACCUCCAGAUAAUGUGAGAAAGCAGCCAUGUCAGUAUGUAGGAACUCUGAUGGUGCUCAGAUUUGUAUGUUUAAUCAAAUGGGCCUAAAUUGGCAAAAUAAUCAUUAUGCCUAAGUAAAUCUGUUCUUAACAAGGGCUAUACCACUGCAUUUACCUUCAAGGGGCUACAUUUUUUUCUUUUUUUUUUUAAAUCAGCAAAAUCCAUAGGAAAAACAUUCUCUAAAAAUAGAAACCACCUUUUCCUCAAUUACAUGCUGUUUMAAGCAGCCGUUUACAAGAUAUGUGGUGGUAUGCCCCUUGUCAUAUGCUCUUAGCAUGUCUUAUUUCUCUUGCUUUGCAUGGCUAAUCAUUUUCAUGGAAUGGUGAUAUCAUUUUUGUUAAAAAAUAUACAGUAGCAGAUUUGUGUCAGACUAAUCUAAGUGUUAAUUUUUUUUCCUGGUGCUUAUUUGGAUUGAUGAGUAUUUCAUUUUGUGCCCAUGUUUUGCAUGCCUUGACUCAUGCAUGGUUUUCUUAACUAGCUUAUAUUAAAAAUUUGUUUUAUACAAAAUUGGAAUUUUACAACAUCCUUUAAUAAGGUGAGGGAAGCAUGAACCUCAAACUUCUAGCACUAUCACAUAGUAAGCACAUGAAGUAGUUGAUAAUAGUGUUUCUAGUAUUUCACAUUUCACUUGUGUGUGCAAUGCCUUUUUUG